AGGGUUAAGACGCUGGUUGGUAGCUUCGCGAGUCUAAACAACAAUGGCGUCCAGUUCAGGAAGACAAGUUCUUCAGAAAGCGAGGUCGUUCUUCAGCUCAACACGUAAACUUCAAUCUCCGUCAAACCUUAAUGGACUGUCGCCGGCGAGUACUACUCCAUCUUCUCGCCUCUCUCCUCGCCGGAACCCUCUGUUCUCCUCCAGGGAACCAGUCGAGUUGGCUUGUGCGCAGUCUCUGAUGCCUCUUCAUUCUGUAACUGCCUCAUCGUUACUCAAGUCGAUGUUGUCUUCCAAGGUCGGCCAGUGGAGUUCUCUGUCCGAAGGAUUUGCAACACCACUAUAACAUGGCCUCCACAACAUGUAUCACAAAAUAGAUGAAAAAUCUGGUGGGAAUGAUGCAAACUUGAAGCUGAUUCCUAUUUCCAAAUAAUCUUCAGAAUUUAAUGUCUCUUUGUAAUGGAAUUAAAUCUAUGCUUCCAAAUUUUUGUGACAUUAAUUGUUGUACAUUCAUUAUACUAUUUUACUGAACCUACUCUACUCAUUACAUUAAA